AUGGCGUUUAUCAGGCCAUACAUGUGGUUAGCUUUGCUGCAGACGUUCUGGGUCGAUGCGUCGGUGAUCCGCACGGAGAUUCAACACAGCCAGCGCCAAGAGGUCGUUGUUGACGCCCAGGCAGCCCUGGACGUGGAAAAGCCGAAGCAUGUCCGGGCAAAGGCAGACACCGUCUCUCAUGGGAAAGCCAGUCAAGCGAAGACUCAGAAGAAGCACAGCAAGAGGAAUAAGAAGGUCGAAGAACCUGCAUCUCUGAUGCGUGCAGAGCCCUCCGCGGGCUCCGAGACAAAGCGUCCGAACGACAAGGAAGAGUCCGCAGACGAUGCGGAUGAGGAUGAGGGUGAAGGAAACGAAGAGUCUUCCCAGGAGUCGACGCAGGAAGGAUCGGAAGACAAGACGGAAUCUACGGAGAAGGACGACUCUACAGGCGAAGACACUACUGACGAUACAGACUCAGACACGCAGGAAGCUUCUGACGACACUGACACUGAUUCUUCAGCCGCAGUCUCAGCGGAGGACAUGAAGGGUGAAGAAUCGGAUGAGCAGGACCCUGGCGAUGGCACAGGUGAAGCAACCGAAACGGUACAGAUUUCCGACAGCAGUGGCAGCCGAAUUUCUGGCACCUCCAAUGGGAGUGCAGCCGUGCUUAUGUCAGACACGGAAUCGGCUACUUCGCUCAAAGCCAUUUCCCAGGCAAACUCUUCGAAUGGGCAUGCCUCUGCCGCCAGGGGGGCGAUCGGCAGCAAUCUCGAACAAGGAUCUUCCGAGUCGGCAGAGGCGCAAAGCUCGUCGGAUGCCGACGCUGAAAGCCUGGAAGGCCUGGAAGAAGGCUUGGAAGAGGGGGAGUCUGACGAGCUCGUGAGGGGGGCAGCACAGGCAUGUGUUGGCACCAUGAUCGAGAAGUGCCCAUCUGACAAGUCCGAUCCGUGCAAAUCUUCAGACGCCGGAACAUGUGUGAAUGUGUUCCACAAGUGUUCGGACGACAAGCUCACCCAAUGCGCCGUCCGCAAGGGCAAGUGCUCCACCGGCGGCGCCACCUGCUACCUGCCAUGCACUGGAGUUGAACUCCAUGGCUCUUCCUGCGCAGCGCAGCCAGUGGACAACUGCAACGGCGGCUACGUGAGCGAUGGCACGUCCGGUAUGUCGUGCAUGAUUUCUACUGCGGACAUCACGAAGUGCACGAAUGCCGGGACCUGUGCACUGCCUGAGAAGGACUGA